AAAAAAAAAAGUGAGUCAUCUUUUACUAGUUUGUCUUUUAGUGAUGGUGCGAAUGUUGGAAGCAUGGAAACAAAUCAAAGGCCGAGAAUGACGGCAACCCAUAACACAAUCAUAACUCUCACAUCUUUAUUUCCAUUCCAACAAAUAUCACAAAAAGACACUCAAAGCUCAUUCCUAUAUUAUUAUGAAUUUAUGAUUACCCUUUCAUUACACAAUAUAAAAACUUUGUUUUCUAUUUUCAGCAAUAGUGUGGAGUUUCAUUAUGCAGACCAAAAGAAGGAACAACAACAACACUAGUAGUUUUGAAGGAUUGUCUAAUAAGAAGAUGAUGAUGCAGUAUCAGCAUCCUAAUGAUAGUUAUGGUCCCACAAUAUACAACCUGUCUUUUGGUGGUGCUACAACAAUCCUCAAAUCCCAAGCUGAUGUUAUGGCGGCUUCAUUAGGGAAUGCUUUCACAAGCUCUCAAUGGAGAGAGCUUGAGAUACAAGUUAUGAUUUACAAGUACUUGCUGGCUUCUCUUCCUGUUCCUUCUUAUCUGCUCUCAUCUAUGAUUGAUGGUGGUUUCAAUACGAGGUUAUCAUCAAGUAGGAACAGUAGUACUGAUCCAGAGGUAGGUAGGUGCAGAAGAACAGACGGUAAAAAAUGGAGAUGUUCUAGAUAUGUUGCUCCUAAUAACAAGUAUUGCGAGCGACAUAUGCAUAGAGGUAGUCACCGUUCAAGAAAGCCUGUGGAACUUCACACCAAUGAUAUUACCCAUCAUCAAAUCAAGAGGACCCCUAUUCCAACUACAACAAAAUACGCUGGAACUUCAUCACAAUUUCUUGCUUCCAGUGCUUUUCAUCCUUAUCUCCAACCACCAUUUUCCUUGGAUAACAGCAGCUUUGCUGUCAAAUUAGCUCCAUGUUAUGUCCCUUCAAAUACGCAACCAAGGGGCUUCGAUUGGACGCCGAAUGGAGAUCCAAUAUCUCUUGGUGCUUCUAACUCAGGAUGGAACUCUCUGAUUCACAACAACAUACUUGGAAUGACCAAUGAAAAUUCUUAUCUCAAUAUUAACACUGAGUCUCACUAUCUGAGUCCAUUUCCACAAUAUAAUAGUUCCGAACUUUCUCAACAAGAAAGACCAUUUUGUCUCGUAUAUAAUCCUCUCCAAAUUGAGAAACCAAGAGGGUUUAGUUUCAUUGAUACUUGGUCUAAUGCAAACACAGUAGAAAACAAUGCCAACAACAACAAUGCUUCUGCAUCAGUAGCUAAAUCAGUAGCUAAAUCACCCCUUUCAUCGCUUGAUCUAUCAAUGGGAGGUCCACUAGCUGAAGUUCUAAGGCCAAGCAAUGUAACUUCCAUCAGCGAUUCAACAAGCUCAAAUCCAUCUUCAUCUGUCACAACAAACCGUGUCGAAUCCAUUGGAACUUCAAGAACAGGAACAAUGUCAUCUCCAUCUGGUGUUUUCCAUAAUAAAACACUCACUUCAUUUUCUGAUAGCAGUGGUAAUAGCAGUCCACUUGCAUCAUCAAGACCCAAUUCUGAAAUGGCCUUACUCAACAAGUUCAAUAAACUCUCAUGUAAAUUAAUUAAUUAGCACCUUAAGUAUUGUUAUAUUGUUAUGUUAUGUAAUAUAUAUGUAAUCUUGCAUAUUUUCCCAAACUCAAUUAUAACAAAUUAGUACAAAAACAGUGAUGAAACAACCUGUGUUACUGUAUUAUGUGAACAAAUCUACUCUUUGAUUUGUUGUACCCCCUCCAUCUUGUGUGGUCCAUACUCAAUUGUUGUUGGAUAAGAUCAUAGAUCUAACUUUGACUAUGUCAACCAUGUUCUGUUCUCUAUCCCCCAACAAUAUCUUUAUAUAUUCUGUAUCCCACCAAUAUGUUAUCUUA